AUGGCUCAUGGACUGCAGAUAAGAGAUGAGGAGAGCGGCUACAACAAAAACCUGUUUUGCAUUCCUAAGCAUUAUGAAGAAGAUUUAGAAAGAGUCUUCAUUCCUCAUGGUCUCAUCCUGGAUCGGACAGAACGUUUGGCUAGAGAUAUCAUGCAAGACAUGGGAAGUCAUCACAUUGUUGCCCUCUGUGUCCUUAAAGGAGGCUAUAAAUUCUUUGCUGAUUUGCUGGACCACAUAAAAGCACUAAAUCAAAAUGGUGAUAAAUCUGUGCCUGUUACCGUGGACUUUGUCAGAAUAAAAAGCUACUGUAAUGAUUCACCUGCAAAAAAAGUCAGUUUUGUUGGAGAGGAACUCUCUACACUAAAGGGGAAGAAUGUGUUAGUAGUAGAGGACAUUAUUGAGACUGGUAGAACAAUGAAAGCUCUGCUUUCAAAAAUAAAAGACAAGAAACCAAGGAUGGUAAAAGUUGUAAGUUUGGGGGUGAGGAAGCAAAUGCAGGAACUACUUACACCACCGAAUUAUAAAAAGAACUGUAUUUUUUUUACAGAUACAGGCUUUGAAAUUCCAGAUAAAUUUGUAGUUGGAUAUGCUCUUGACUAUAAUGAAUACUUCAGAGACUUAAAUCACAUCUGUAUUCUGAAAGAGAAUGCCAAAGAAAAAUACAGGAUGUGA